AUGAGUGACGAGAUCCUCGAUGACAUGUCUCUCUCGGACGACGACCUACUGGACACUUUGGCGGACGAUAUGCUGAUGGAGAUGAGCGCGACACCGACGGUUCAACUCGCUCCAGUCUCCACCUCUCCAGUCUCCCCUUCUUCAUGGCCACUCGAUAUUACACCAACCCCUAACGCCGUCGCUCUUCCAGCCACGAUGCCGGAUCUAGGUCAGAUGAUGUCCCAGAUGAUGCCCAUGAUGUCCCAAAUGUUCGGAGCCAAUGCAGGUGCCAGCUCAAUGUUCAAUGGAGGAGGAGGAGGAGGAAGUGGCGCGGCCUCACUGCAACAAGUGCCAGUGUCGUGGCAAGAGCUCGUGAAGCGCCACGUGCCCAGUCACGAGCAGGAAGACUGGCUCAAGACCAUUGACAAGGACGUGAUUAAGCUACGCGGUCAACUCAGUACCUCUGGAAUUCGGAAAAAAACGUGCAGUCGUUCGUACUGUACGAAAGCUGCACUGAUACCCAAUGCCUCUAUGCAGGUCAGCACGAUGCUGGUUGAUAUGCUGCAUGAAGCGGUACGCUCUGCGCAGCUGGAAGAUAACCAGAAGUGGCAAGAGCUGAAGAAAGACAUGGCUUCGUAUCUGAUGAAGACGGGAAUGACGAAGGUGUUCGAGAGUAAGUUGAAGGAAAUGCUACGACAGCGCGUAAGCAACGAUCUGGACUUUGUGGCCGAGAAGACGAGCGGACGCUACGGUAACAUUGUGGACGCACUGGCAGUGUAG